UCUCUCUGAUGUCAUGUGUGGGCCGGCUCCCAGGGACGGAUCCUCCUACAGGAAGAAGCCGGACCUGCAGCAAUAGCAGAGCAGACACAUUUCAGCAGUAAUGGAGGCAGUCAGACAUUGCAUCUGCUAGUUGCUUGUGUAGUCACAUAGGACCUGGCCCGGGGGCCUCAGACCCCCACGAAGGGCCACACUCAGUUCGGGGUUAUCCUGGGAGCAGGCAUGGGGUGGAUACUGCUGAGGGGGCUUCUCUGCCUGGGACUUCUACUCUGCCAGAUGGGUGUUAGUAGAGCGAGCACUGUGUCACUGCCGGAAACUCUGCUGUUCGUCUCCACUCUGGACGGGAGCCUCCAUGCAGUCAGCAAAAGGACCGGCACCAUUAAGUGGACUGUAAAAGAAGAUCCUGUUCUCCAAGUUCCAACACAUGUGGAAGAGCCGGCAUUCCUUCCUGAUCCAAACGAUGGCAGCUUGUACACUCUGGGCAGUAAACACAGUGAGGGACUGACGAAACUUCCCUUCACCAUCCCCGAGCUGGUCCAGGCAUCACCAUGUCGGAGCUCAGAUGGGAUUUUAUACAUGGGGAAGAAGCAGGAUGUCUGGUACGUCAUCGACCUGGUAACAGGGGAGAAGCAGCAGACACUGACUUCAACCUUUGCAGAAAGUCUUUGCCCAUCCACCUCUCUGCUGUACCUGGGCAGGACAGAGUAUACCAUUACCAUGUAUGACACAAAGAAUAAAGAGUUGCGCUGGAAUGCCACAUAUUAUGAUUAUGCAUCGACUCUACCAGAUGAGGACACGAAAUACAAAAUGUCUCACUUUGUAUCCAAUGGGGAUGGUCUAGUAGUGACGGUGGACAGUGACUCCGGAGACGUACUGUGGAUUCAGAAUUAUGCCUCUCCAGUUGUAGCCUUGUACAUCUGGCAGAGGGAAGGUCUGAGGAAGGUGCUGCACACGAACGUCGGGGUGGAGACUCUUCGGUACCUCACAUUCAUGUCUGGGGAGGUCGGUCGUAUAACAAAGUGGAAGUAUCCAUUCCCUAAGGAGACUGAGACUAAAAGCAAACUGAUGCCAACUCUUUAUGUAGGAAAAUACUCAACUAGUCUGUAUGCAUCCUCAUCACUGGUACACGAGGGGGUCACUGUGGUGCCCCGAGGGAGGGCGAUUCCAUUGCUGGAUGGACCCAGGACUGACGGGGUGACAAUUGAAGAGAAUGGGGAAUGCGAGUUCACACCCAGCACUGAUCUUAAGAUACCCUCUGGCCUGAAGGGAAAAAACAAGCUGAACUACUGGAAGAACCAGUGGCUGUUAAUAGGGCACCAUGAGAUCCCACUGUCCACACCAACCAAGAUCCUUGACACCUUCCCCCCUACUCUUCCCAGAGGUGAAGAGAACAUAAUAGAGACCGGUCCUGAUAAACCACGCUUUACUGAGGAGGUUAUUGGAAUGGAGGAGGAGCCAUCUGAAGACCUGCACUCCUCUUAUUCUCAGGAUGUCUCUGACAUGUCCAAAGCAUUCCUACCCAAGCCAGAGGCUCCUGUGGACUCUAUGCUGAAAGACUUGGCUACCAUCAUUCUCAGCACCUUCCUGUUGGCUGGAUGGGUGGCUUUUGUCAUCACCUACCCUAAGACUGUUCAUCAGCAGCAGCAGCUUCAACACCAGCAGUUUCAGAAGCAGCUGGAGGAGAAGAUCCAGCUCUUACAGAUGCAUCAUGUCACGUUUCAGUCUCCAGUUGAGGCCACUGCAGAGAUGGAUUAUUUGGAUAUUGCUGGCGUGCGAGGAGAAAGCUCAGCUAACAGCACCCCAAACAUUUCUCCAAAGGCUUCCAACCACUCUCUGCACUCUAAUCUGUCCACGUCUGAGGUCGGCAGUGUGAUCUCCACUGAACAAGAGGAUGGAGAUGAUGACAGGAGAGUAAUCGUGGGAAAGAUCUCAUUCAAUCCCCGGGAUGUUCUCGGCCAUGGCGCAGAGGGAACAAUAGUUUACAGGGGGCGGUUUGAUAACAGAGAUGUUGCAGUGAAGAGAAUAUUGCCGGAAUGUUUCAGUUUCGCAGAUAGGGAGGUUCAGAUGCUGAAAGAGUCUGACGAGUAUCCCAACGUAAUCCGCUAUUUCUGUACAGAAAGAGACCGCCAGUUUCAAUACAUUGCCAUCGAGCUAUGCGUGGCCACACUGCAAGAGUAUGUAGAAGAAAAGGACUUUGAUCGUCAUAACCUGGAGCCCAUAACCCUCCUCGAGCAGACAAUGUCAGGGCUGGCUUACCUUCAUUCUCUUAAUAUUGUGCACAGAGACUUGAAACCUCACAACAUUCUGAUCUCAAUGCCCAAUGCUCACGGCAAAGUGAAAGCCAUGAUCUCUGACUUUGGCUUGUGUAAGAAGUUGGCUGUGGGCAGACAUAGUUUUAGCCGGAGAUCAGGGGUCCCUGGCACAGAAGGCUGGAUUGCCCCAGAAAUGUUAAGUGAAGACUUUAAAGAAAACCCUACCUACACAGUGGACAUCUUCUCUGCUGGCUGCGUGUUCUACUACGUGGUCUCGCAAGGGAAACAUCCAUUUGGCAAGUCCCUGCAGCGGCAAGCCAAUAUUCUCCUAGGAGCUUACAGUCUGGACUGUCUGAACCUAGAAAAACAUGAAGACCUUGUCGGACAUCAUCUGAUAAAGCAAAUGAUAGACAAGGACCCUCAGAAACGACCGUCUGCUGAAGCGGUCCUCAAACAUCCUUUUUACUGGAGUCUGGAAAAACAACUUCAGUUUUUCCAGGAUGUGAGCGACAGGAUAGAGAAAGAGGCGCUGGAUGGUUUUAUUGUCAGACAACUAGAAAAGGGUGGGAGAGAGGUGGUGAAAUUCGACUGGCGAGAACAUAUCACUGUACCCCUGCAAACAGAUUUGAGAAAGUUCCGCAGUUAUAAGGGGAAAUCAGUAAGAGAUCUUCUGCGGGCCUUAAGGAAUAAGAAGCACCACUACAGAGAACUACCAUCGGAGGUACAAGAGACUCUGGGCAAUGUUCCUGAUGAAUUUGUGUGUUAUUUUACAUCUCGGUUCCCAGGACUUUUGCUGCAUACAUACCUGGCCAUGCAGCUCUGCAGCCGUGAGAGACUAUUCCAGCCAUACUAUUCCCAGGAACCUUCUGAACGGCCUCCCAGCUCUGUGAACUUAGAGGAGGCUUGAGAGCACUUUCCAUACACAGUGCAUUGUCUGGAUGCCUUUGGAUCCUUGUAAGCCAAAGCCUGAAGACUUAGCAUAGAGUGCCUUAAAUUGCCCGCUCUACGUCUUACAUAUGGUGACUAGAUGUGUUUAGUACUGAGUACUGUAAUACAGUCACAUUUUUAUACUGAUCCCUGGAGGAAAAGAGACUUUGUAUUAAUAUGUAUUGCACUAUUACAUUUUUUUGAAGUUACUGUCCAGUUUGUUUGUGAGGACUUGUAGAAUCUUGAUAGCACCACAUAACAUACCUAACACUAGUGAUUGUACCUGUGACAGUAUUCUGUCCCAGAGAAACGGUUAGAGAAACAGCAGCCACAAUACAGAUUUAAUAUAUAUUUUACAUUUUCAUUUUUUUACCAUAUUGAAGGGGUUUUUAUUUAUGGACGUGUAGGUUUGAGUGGCAUCAUGUCUGUUUUUAAAGUUGUGUUUUUACAAGUCCUGUGGAUCAAGUUCAGUAUUCUUGUAUCAAUGUUCUAUCUGCUGUGUUGAUACCGCAUCAGGAACUUGGAUCUGUCUCUGCUUUCCCAAAAUCCUUUGCAGCACCUGUGUAGCUCCCAGCGCAACAAAGAUUUCCCCUCUGUGCAAAGAACUAUGGGCCAAACAUCUUUCACAGAUUCUGUGCUCUGCAGACAUUGCUAGCAAGCUUUUAUUACUGUUACUAGUUUAUAUGAAGUAUUUACAUUUUUAAGUUAUUAAGCAGUGUUUACUUGCGAAAAACUGGAACUAGUGUAAAACAAUGUAUUUUUAAAAUGUGAGCUUGUCAGAUGUAUAUCACCCGACUUUUUGGGAUCAAUCUCUGUUUUUUUUAUCUCAUGUUUUUUUUUGUUUUUAUAAAGAAAGAAAAGUGGGAGGGGGUAUGAUAACAUUUUAGAUAUUUUUGUCAUUAAAGCCCAACAACAGGUUAUAAUCUGGUCAGUAUGAUUGGAAAUGAUCUAUAUUUGUGAAUUAAAGAUCAUUUUUGUCUUGA